CGAGCCACGCCAUCAACCGCCCCCGCCCACGCCACGCCGCGCCAUGGCGUCGACCAGCCUCGCCGCGCUGCCCUCGCAGCUCGCCUCCCCGGGCCGCCUCCGCCGCGGCCGCGCCGCGCUCUCCUCCACCGCCCGCCCGCACCUCCUCCUCCACCGCGCGCCGAAAGGCGGAUCGUCGCGGUGCCGGCUGGCGGUGACCUGCAACGCGCAGGCGGUGGCGCCGACCAGCAUUGCGCAGGGGACGCCCGUCCGGCCGACGAGCAUACUGGUGGUCGGCGCCACGGGGACGCUGGGGCGGCAGGUGGUCCGCAGGGCGCUGGACGAGGGCUACGAUGUCAGGUGCCUCGUCAGGCCGCGCCCCGCGCCGGCCGAUUUCCUCCGCGACUGGGGCGCCACCGUCGUCAAUGCUGACCUCAGCAAGCCGGAGACCAUCCCUGCGACGCUUGUUGGCAUCCAUACCGUCAUUGACUGUGCGACAGGACGGCCUGAAGAGCCCAUCCGGACGGUAGAUUGGGAAGGAAAAGUUGCUCUAAUACAGUGCGCAAAGGCUAUGGGGAUUCAGAAGUAUGUGUUCUAUUCCAUCCACAACUGUGACAAGCAUCCUGAGGUUCCCUUGAUGGAAAUCAAGCAUUGUACGGAGAAGUUUAUUCAGGACAGUGGUCUGGAUUAUAUCAUCAUCCGUUUGUGUGGUUUCAUGCAGGGCCUUAUUGGGCAAUAUGCUGUGCCUAUACUAGAAGAGAAGUCUGUCUGGGGAACUGAUGCUCCAACUCGGAUCGCUUACAUGGAUACCCAGGAUGUAGCUCGGCUGACAUUUAUAGCUAUGCGCAAUGAGAAGGCUACUAAGAAACUCUUGACUUUUGCUGGACCACGUGCUUGGACCACUCAAGAGGUGAUUACUUUGUGUGAGAGGUUGGCCGGGCAAGAUGCCAAUGUAACCACGGUACCUGUUGCAGUCUUGAGAUUUACUCGUCAAUUGACACGGUUUUUCCAAUGGACAAAUGAUGUGGCUGACAGAUUGGCAUUUUCAGAGGUGCUCUCUAGCGACACAGUUUUCUCUGCUCCAAUGAGCGAGACAUACCAGCUUCUUGGGGUGGAUGCAAAUGACAUCCUCAGCUUAGAGAAGUAUUUACAAGAUUAUUUUACCAACAUAUUGAAGAAGUUGAAGGAUCUCAAGGCACAAUCCAAGCAAACUGAUAUAUUCUUUUGACAAGAAGAGUUUCAGUGAACAUAUGGAAAUAAUUUACAGAUCUGUGCCUCAAAAGACAGAUGAGUGAGCACAAAUUUUUUUUCCUGUAUAUUUGCAUUUUAGCAUGUGCAAGAAUGCUCUGUGUUAUUAGGUCAUGUGUAUAGAAUCUCAACAUAUUUUGCUAUUAAAGUUCUGAAGUUUGUGCACAGCAGCAUAAAGUCUAUGAUUUCGCUGUCAA